AUGAAGAGUUUUUGCCUCAAAGUUUCUUUUCUUUUAAUGUUUACUCUUAUUUUAACAGGUUGCAUAUUUUCUGAAGCUCAAAAAUGUCGACCAAACGGUAGAAUAAGAGGAAAGAAAGCUCCAUCAGGACAAUGCAACAAAGAGAAUGACUCUGAUUGUUGUGUUAGGGGAAAAAUGUACACAACUUAUGAGUGUUCACCGUCGGUGUCUACUCAUACUAAAGCAUAUCUCACUCUUAAUAGCUUUGAGAAAGGUGGAGAUGGAGGCGGACCUUCAGCAUGCGAUAAUCAGUACCAUUCUGAUGACACCCCUGUUGUUGCACUUUCAACUGGGUGGUUCAACGACAAGAGCAGGUGUCUGAAUAAGAUUACUAUAAGCGCUAAUGGAAAAAGUGUGGAAGCCAUAGUAGUUGAUGAGUGUGACUCUACAAUGGGGUGUGAUGAAGAACAUGAUUACCAACCUCCAUGUCCAAACAACAUUGUUGAUGCAUCCAAGGCUGUGUGGGAAGCUUUAGGUGUGCCUAAAAAUCAAUGGGGUGGCCUUGACAUCACAUGGUCAGAUGCUUGA